AUGAACCAAAUCGGCAUUGCACGCAGGUGUCUCAGCAGCGUCACCCGUUUUGAUACCAAGAAAUUCGUCCAGUCGCUUGAAAAAGGCGGCUUUUCGCCACAGCAGGCUGAAACGGCCGUGGGGAUUGUCAACAAGGCCGUCAACGACGGCAUCAGUCUGAUUGCCAAGAACCUCGUGACCAAGGAACGGCUCAAUUCAGUGGCAUACCAGCAAAAGGUGGACUUUGCCAAGUUGAAGGGCGAGCUCCAGACCAUGGACAAGAGCGAGUUCACCAGCUUGAAAAAAGAGCAGGAGCUGCUCCGUACCAACUUGACCAAUCUCCAAAACAGGCUCAAGGAGGAAAUCACCAAGAACCUGGCGGGCGUGCGGCUAGAUUUGAAUUUGGAGAAGGGCCGCAUCCGGGAGGAGAGCUCCAUCCACGAGCUGAAGAUCGAAGACACGUUCACGCGCAUUGACGAGGAGAUCGCCAAUGUGCAAAUGCAGAUCAAGUCCGUCAAGACGCAGGUCAUGCAGUGGUUGAUCGGUGUCAGUUCCGGUACUGCGGCUUUGAUGUUGGCGUUCGUGAGGUUUUUCGGGUAG